AUGGAUCGUUACGUUCGACAAAUGCUGAAACUAAUUGAAGAGAAUGGAGAUUCAUUUGCACAAAAAGCUGAAAUGUAUUACCAAAAGAGACCAGAAUUGAUUUCUGUUGUCGAAGAGUUUUACCGUGGCUAUCGAUCUUUAGCUGAACGUUAUGAACAUGUAACGGGUGAAUUAUGGAAAAACAUACCUUCUGAUCUUCAAUCUCAAGCUUCAAAUGUUUCUGAUAACGGUUCCGAACCACAUUCUUGGCCUCAUUCUCCUAGAAAAAUGGUACGUAAAAUAUCGAGUAGCCGUGCUGCAGGGUUCGAUUUCUUUCUCGGUUCCGGUGGAAAUAGUUAUGGUUAUGAUUCACCAUAUCAAAAAGAUGGAGAUGGAUCUUCUACUUUGACAGAUUCAGAUGAUGAAUUUGAUGAUGCUUCAUCUAUCAAUAGUGCUUCAGGUUUAUUUGGGAAUGCAAGUGAUCAUGGAUUGAAUAAAAGAGUGAUUGAAUUGGAAAUCGAGUUGCGUGAGGCGAAAGAAAAGAUUUUCAUGUAUGAACAACAAGAACAAGAACAUUGUGAGGAUUUUGGUGUCAAAAUCAAUGCAUAUGAACAAGAACUGAGGAAUGUGAAUGAAAAGUUAAGGCUUUCAGAAGAGGAAAUUAAUAAACUUAAGAUUGAGGUUGAAAAAUAUAAGUCUAACCAAUCAUCGACACAUUUCGAUGAUAGUAAUUGUUCCGGAAUGAGUCAGGGCCAAUCCAUACAGGACCUCGGCACUAUCAGUACUAAUGAAUUACCAUCAAUAUUAGAAGAAGAUAUUAAGGUGAAAAAUGAAGAAAUGGAUCUUAAAUUCUUUGAAGAUGAGCUUAGAAUGGCAAAAGAGAGAGUUGAGAAUUUUGAGAUGCAAAUUUCUACAUUGAAAAAUGAAGCAAGUAAGUCACAUGAAACUAUUCAACAAUUGCAAGAUCAACUUCACUUGUCACACAAGGAAACUGCUACAUGGAAAACUAAAUUCAAUUCUGAGACAAAAGAUAACACUAAACUUCAAGAAAAAGUUGCAAGGUUGAAAAUAAAUGUAGCAGAUAAAGAACAUGAGAUCAAGGAUUUAAAAUCUGUUUUAUCCGAUACAGAACAAAAAAGCUUCUUCGAAAAAGCACGGUUAAAGACGGAAGUAUGUAAAUUGUUUGAACAACAGACUCAAAUGGAAGAGACAUUCAAAGAUGAAAUUGAGAUAUUGAAGGAAGAAAUUAAGGAUAAAAAAAACAGUAUAGAAGAUCUUAAUAUGAGUCUUGAUGGCUUAAUAUUAGAGAGUGAUAAUCUCAAUGGAGAAUUUGGUUUACUCAAAGAAGAGAUGAAUUUAAGAGGUAAAAAAAUUGAAGAGGCACAUAGACAUGUGGUGGAGCUAGAAUCAAGAGCUAAAGAACUAGAAAAUGAAAUUGAGAAGCAAAAGAUUGAGAUAUUAGAAAGAGCUGAAGAGAAACGUGAGGCUAUAAGACAAUUAUGUUUCUCACUUGAGCAUUAUAGAAAUGGAUAUAAUGUUCUUAGAAAGGCUUUCAUAGAUCACAAGAGGUUUCCACUUUUGGCAUCAUAAGGUAUCUGCAUGGUUGCAUUGUGCAUGUGAUCUUGUACAAAAUGUUUUGAAAUCCUAACUAGACAUCGAACUGGUGAAA